GCUUAUAUGAUUGAGCAAUUGUGCUCAACGAUCAGGGACCAGGGCGAGGAGGAUAACGGAAGGCAGGGAAGCGAUCCGCUGUUAGGGUUUCCAAUAUUCGCCAUCGUCUUUUCGAUUUAGGGAUCCAUCUCCGUUCGAUCCUUCCACCUCUCUUUGCAGUUGCAGUGACUUUUACACGACCAAGAGCCGUAGCAUCAUCUGACAUGGAGGUAUUUGGCAAAUCCAUGAUUGCUGAGUCAAGCAAUGUGAUUUAUUUGUCCAGUAUUCUUAACAAGGAAGGGUCAAUUCCUAGUCAUAAAUGUGAAAACAGAUGCCAAAAUGAGCUUGUGUUUGGGAAUGUGUACCGGUGCAAAUUAACAGGAUUGACACACAUCUGCGAUAAUAAUUGUGACCAGAGGAUUUUGUAUGAUAACCAUAGUUCUCUCUGCAGAGUGAGUAGGCAGAUUUUUCCUCUUUCACCAGCAGAAGAGCAGGCUGUGAGAGGAGUGCGGAGGAAACUGGAAAUGACUAAUGCUGAUGGCUGUGCUUUUAAGCGUAGGCGAGAUGCCCAGCUGCAUCCUUCUCCUUUUGAGAGGACCUGCUCUGCAGUAUCUCCAAUAUGCAGUCAAAUUGGAGAUGGCAUGGAUAUGAGUUAGAGCUGAUUACACCCAUUUCCCUUCUCUCUUCUUCCUCUUUUUUCUAUUUCCAUUUCUCCAUGCCAUCUAUAUUAUGGAUGGAAAAAGACCUUUUUAAACAAUACAUGGAAGGCACGCAGAACUUUGUAGUAAUUUUCAAAUCAAACUUUUAUACUAUAUUUUUGUAACCGCUUAAGUUUGAACUUCUCGUUGAGAGGAUGACAGGUAUUGGGAAUCAAAUAUCUAGGUUUACCUUAUGAGAGGAUUGCUAUUGCAUUUUUCAAGGCUUGUAGCUUCAUUAUAUAUCACAUCCUUUUGCUAAGCUCUGCAGUUGAUUAGCUCACCCAAACUUAUAUCUUGUAUAUAUAACUAUUUUCUUGAGGUAGAUGCUCUCCCUCAUUCCUUUUUUAACUCUUGCAGGGGAAAUUAUAGCAUAGGAAAUGCAGAAUAGCUUUCUUUUACUUGUAGUUCAUCAUAGUGAUGAUUUUAUAUCUUGUUGUUUCUAUCUUUGUUUGGUGGAAAUUAUACUUUUGACUGAAUUUACUUGUUACUGAGCUCUUGCAGACAUGUAUGUAAAUAACAACCCGAAAGGCAGGUUUUAUGCAUUAGGUGCAGAUAUUUUUAUUUGCUGAUAUUACUUGUUUAUUUUUCAAUUGUCUGCAGGUGCCGGUUUAUUUAUAUUUCCUUAAUUAAUUUUGCAAUCUUUUAUUCAUUUACCUGAAAAUCUAUGUUGUUUUGCAGGAACUCAAGCGCUGACAGAUCAGUAUAUGAAAAUUGUUUCUCAUUUAGUUGGGUUGAUUUUAGUUUACGGUUAGCACCUUCUGACCUGAUUUCAUAUUUGCAGGUGCAAAUUGUGGGGUGCAUUCAUGUUUCUUACCAUUGGAUUCGACAAACCAAAGGAUGCUGAUAGUCCCUUCGCUAGAUGUUCAAUGCUGCCGCUGCUAAUCUAUUCGAGAAAAUUUUUAACUGUCCUACGGGAGACCACCUUGUUUGUUUGUGGCCAGCUUGCUGAAGCAUCUUCCGAUAUCCAGUCAUUAACUACAUUGCCAUCUCGAUGAUACAUCAUUCUAACUCAGAGAGGCUUUCUAGAUGUAUUUAGCUCCAAAUCAAAAGAAAGGCAACUGCAAUUGCUGAUGUAUCAAUUGUUUCUGUACCACUGUUAAUGUACAUGGUCUUCUAUUAUCUUAAGGGAUCCAGAUGAAUAUACAUUUCCCUUUUAUUUACCCCAUUAACAUUUUAUCAUAUUCCAUAUGUGUUUGAUGUGAAACAAAUCGAAUGUAUCAUUUCUUUUCAGUGAGUUUAAAUGCAUAUGGUUGCAAUUUGUUA